AUGACUCAGAACCUCAAAGUCCUUCCGGGCCUCGAAGGACCCACCAAAGCCCUUCUCGAAGUUGUGUCCUACCCACUUCUCUACCCAGACCUCAUCGCACGUCUCAACAUUGAAUGCCCAAAGGGCGUUCUCCUUCACGGCCCGCCCGGCGUAGGCAAGACCUUACUCGUCUCAACAGUCGCCCAUAUCUGCCGGGCUCAGAUGGUAACCAUCUACGGCCCAGAGCUGGAUGCAUUGACCCCGCAUCGCGCGGACUCACAAGCGCACGAGUCGAGAGUUGUGGCACAGCUGUUGACGUUGAUGGAUGGUUUGGUCUCCAGAGGAAGAGUCGUCGUGAUCGCAGCAACUAAUCGACCCAACUCGAUUGACCCAGCACUCAGGAGGCCUGGAAGAUUCGAUCGAGAGAUCCGGAUGGAUGUGCCUAGAGAGAACGACCGAAGGAGGAUUAUUGAGGGUCUGAUUAAGAAUAUGCCGCAUACACUGAGUGAGGAGGAACUAGGCGGAUUAGCAAGGAUGACGAAUGGAUUUGUGGGCGCAGAUCUGGAAGCAUUGUGUCGGGAGAGCGCCCUGGGAGCUGUCCACAGGAACAUUGCUGCUGGACUGGACUGGAACAAUCUUGGACGUGCGGGCACAACGGCUGCUGAAGCAGUUAGCGUGACAAUGGCGGAUUUCAAACGAGCGUUCAGCACCAAUGCUCCGUCACUGCAGCGUGGAUAUGCCGUCGUUGUUGAGCCGGUACAAUGGUCUGACAUCGGGGGUCUGGAAGCUGUCAAGACACAGCUCCGCCAGGCAGUUGAGUGGCCAGUCCUUUACAAGGAGACGUUCUCACGGCUGGGCCUCAAAGCACCCCGGGGUAUCCUACUAUACGGCCCACCAGGAUGCAGCAAGACGACGCUUGUGAAGGCAGUUGUGACAAAUUCUGGAUCAUCAUUCCUGUCGGUCAAUGGCGCAGCGCUUUACUCAUCGUACGUGGGAGAUUCAGAAAAGACGAUCCGGGAGACCUUUCAUCAAGCCCGACUUUCAGCCCCAUCGAUCAUCUUUUUUGACGAGAUUGAUACGAUUGUCGGAAAGAGGAAUUUUUCUUCAGGGGGUGGAGGCGAAGGAGGAGGAGGAGGAGGAGAUAGUGUUCAGGAACGAGUGCUGUCAACGAUGCUGAACGAGAUGGACGGUGUCGAGAAUGCGGCCGGAGUGUUGAUCGUUGCAGCAACCAACCGUGUCGAUCUGAUCGAUAAGGCACUUUUGCGGCCAGGGCGAUUUGAUCGUAUCGUCUAUGUGCCCCCACCAGAUUUGGAGGCACGGAGACAGAUCCUGGGUAUCUACACGCGGGAGAUACCAUUGGCUGAGGACGUCGACCUAGACGCCCUUGCGCAAAUCACCGAGAUGUACACUGGAGCAGACCUUCAGAACGUAUGCAGAGAGGCAGCAUUGAUCGCGCUGAGAACUCGGAUUCUGGGUGCUUCAACCGCUACAAGAGCCGCGGACGAAACUGCGCCGUCGAGAGAAUCUGUUAAUGCCCAGGAUUUCAAGCAGUCGCUAGCGUCUGUCAAGCCCUCCUUGACUGCAGCCAUGUUGCUAGAGUACAGUUCGACGGGCCAGCGUGCGUUCUGA